CUUCUAAAGUGUUAUCUCUUUCUUUCAGAGUUCAUCACCCGUUCCGGCUUCCGCAUUUGUGUCAAAGAACUCUUCAUCGAGCGUUUCGAUCCAUUGACGGAGUUAUAUGCAGUACUAUCAGAUGUUUGGGAGGAUGACUGGGAAUAUUUCAAUGGAUAUUGCUUCAGAAAAGUAUCUUCCUGUGAUUCUUGGACCAAUGGUCAGGGAAUAUGCGCAGCCCUGGGAGCUAAUCUACCAAGUAUCCAUAGUCAAGAAGAAAAUGUUUAUGUUCAGAGUCUACACGGCGGAGAACAUUCUUGGCUGGGACUCUCUGAUACCAAAUCUGAAGGGCCCGAAGGGACCUUUGAUUGGAGCGAUGGAGCACCAUUUGACUUCCAUUUCUGGGCGGAACACCAACCAAAAAAAUCACACAAACAGAACUGUGUUCAUACACUAGGUUUCCUUCAAGAUCACCGGUACCAGUGGAAAGAUGUAAAUUGUACUGAAUGUCACAGAUUUACUUGUAAGAAAGACUACGACGAAUGCAAAGAUCUUUCUUACGAUUGCCCAGAGAAUGCCACUUGUGUGAAUAGAGAUAGUUCAUACUCAUGUCGAUGUCCUUUUGGAUUUCGUUUGAAUGGAGACAACUGCUCGGGAACUGCUGGUGAUUCACUUUCUCUUCACCGUGGCUAUUUCUUUUCAACCAAAGAUCAGGACAAUGACAGCUGGGGUGGUCAUUGUGCUGUGACUUUUAAAGGAGCCUGGUGGUACGAGGACUGUCAUCACUCUAACUUGAAUGGACUUUAUCACCGUGGGAAGCACUCAUCUUAUGCCGAUGGAGUCAUUUGGCGUCACUGGAUAGGACACUACUACUCCGUCAAGAGAGCUGAGAUGAAAAUUAGACCAGUUUCAUUUUAG